AUGAAUUUUAACAUGACAGCAGUGCCAUCGCUGGCACUCUCAGAUUUGGAACUGUUGGACUGUAACCAAACAGAGGCUUGGGACUGGGUCUAUUCCAUACAGCCAGCUUACAUGUCUAUCAUCUGUGUGCUGGGUGUUUGCAGCAAUGCCUUUGUCCUCGCUGUGUUCUUCAUUCAGAGAGGCCACUGCUCUGUGGCGGACAUCUAUCUUGGAAACCUUGCUGCUGCUGACCUGCUGAUGGUGUGUUGCCUUCCAUUCUGGGUCAUCACUAUAAUUCAUAAGUUCAACUGGUACUUCGGACAGACCAUGUGCCAAGUGGUGAGCCUUAUAAUUGGUAUGAACUACUACUGCAGCGUGCUGUUCCUCACGUUAGUCAGUCUGGACCGGUAUCUAGUUCUGACGAGGCCCAUGUCUGUGGGGAGACGGAAAAGCACCAACCUUGCCAAGGCUAUCUGUGUGGCUAUUUGGCUUGCAGGCUUUUUGCUCAGUCUUCCAGCCCUGUUAUUUCGCUCAGUGCAGUUUUUCCCUGACCUUGAGGUGGAGGCAUGCUACAUGGCUUAUCCUCAUGACGGGUGGAGACUGCGUUCCAAUGUGACAGUCAAUGUGGUGGGUUUCCUGGUUCCUGUACCCCUUGCUUCUUACUGCAGUUAUCAUAUUAUAACAAUUCUGAAUGGCAAAAGGGUGAGGAGGUGUUCAGCUGUUAAAACAGAGAGGAAGGCUGCAUUCUUGGUGAUUGUUGUCCUGAUGGUUUUUAUUGUCUGCUGGCUGCCUUUUCAGAUUUUCAUGUUACUGGAUACACUUUAUUAUUUUAACUUUAUCUCUGGUUGUCUGUGGGUACAUGGUCUGGACAUAGGUACUCAGCUCAGUACGUACCUUGGUUAUAGCAACAGCGCACUCAACCCUUUUCUCUAUGUGAUAGUAGGAAAACACUUCAGAAAAAGAGCCAAAGGAGAAUUUGUACAGCUUUUGAAUUGGUGGAGAUGCAUUGUCUAUCUAGCUCACAAGAUCAACUCCAGUGUAAGAUAUACAGAGUGCACAAGAGUGUAUACUGAAGUUCAUAGACGUGAUGAAUCUACAGUGACCCCUACUGUUAUGUGA